UUGUGAAAAAAACUAUGCUCCGUCAAAUAGAAACAAAAGACCAACAGCCUUCCGUCAUUCCUGUCAAUAUCUUGCAUUCGUUGUUUACAUAUCUCACCAACAAAAAAAAAAACUUAUUGCAAAUUAUCUCCCUCUCCCUUUCUCUCUCUCUCUCUCUCUCUCUCUCUCUCAAAAUAAUCAUUGAGAGAGAGAACCAACAACAAAAAUCAUGUCUGAAUCAUCAAACCAUGGAAAAGCACCUCCAAAAGAAUCAUCCACCUCCGAUCAUCAAUCUUCAACAAACACAGACACAUCACCACCGGUGGCCGCACCCAAUAUGAUGUAUUACCCACCGGGUACCGGUUACCCUUGCCAUGGUCCACAGCCACCACCCUAUCAUCCUUACCCACCACCUCCACACGGAUACCCCCCAUACCAGCAGGGAUACAAUAACUUUCCUGGUCAUGCACCAUACUAUGACGUCCCUCGAACAUAUCAUCACACCGGUGAUGGUGGUAGCAGCUUCUUUCGUGGAUUUAUAAUGUGUUCAUGUUUUAUAUUUACAGGCUUCUUUGUUCUAACUCUCAUUGCGGCAUUAUCGUUACAUCCUCAAUUUCCUGUUUUCAAAGUUGUUUCCUUGUCGGUUUCAAACUUCAACACAAGUUCGAUUUUAACCGGUGAUUGGAACAUUAGCGUGACUGCUGAGAAUCCAAACACAAGAUUAAAAGGUUAUUUUUUGGAUUUUAAGGUCGAUGUUGUGCAUGACAACAAUGAGUUAGCGAUGAGUUUGGUACCUGAUUUUGAAUUAGAAAAACAUGAACAGAAACAAAUGGAUGUGAAGGCAUCAUCAAAUAACGUUGUGUCGUUUCAAAAGUGGGAUUUGGAUAAAAUGAGUAAUGAAAGACAAAGUAGUUCUAAUUCUAUUAUGUUUGGUGUGAGGGUGUCUUCUUUGGCUGAAUUUAAGUCUACAUCGUUCGCUACGAGAAGUACUAGGAUGUUGGCUAUUUGUGAAGGGUUAAAGGUUGUGUUCCAAAACAAUACUGGUACUGGUUCGCUGGACAAUGGGGGUAAUCCUGCUACUUGCCAACUUUACAUGUGAAGAAGAAAAUGCUAAGCUACGCCUUUGUGUUAUUUAAUCAUUCUUUCUUUUAUUUUUAUUGUUUCAAUGUGGGAAAUAUGUUGUUCUUUCUUUUUGUUUAGAUUGUUUAGUGUAAUUAAAUGGAUUUAAAUUUAUGUUCAAAGUUUUUA